GGUUGCUUCUUGACACCCAAUGAGGUUAUGUAAGAAAAAUAAUGGCGAAUGUAAAGAAUGAUAUAUUUUUGAGCUUUUCUCAAUCAUAAAGACCUCUAAUGUGCAACUGCGAGCAGUAAAGUGUGCAUGAACUAUUACUGAAGACAUUUCUUGGUGGAAAUUAGAUCCCAAGCUUACGAAAGCUGACGAAAUGGAAGAAUUUAUACCUCCACCCGAGGCCCCUGUUUUUCAACCGACUUUGGAAGAGUUUAAAGACCCUGUUGUAUACAUUUCUAAGAUAUGGCCUGUCGUUGUGAACACGGGUAUAUGCAAGAUACGACCUCCUGCGGGUUGGAAACCUCCCUUUGCUGUUGAUGUUGAGACAUUCACGUUCACUCCGCGGAUACAACCACUUAACGAGUUGGAGGCUAAAACUCGAGUCAAAUUGAACUUCCUUGAAAACCUUGCAAAGUUUUGGGAACUUCAGGGUAUUGUCUUCAAGAUACCCAAUGUUGACAGACAUCCUCUGGACCUCCAUGGACUGUUCAAGGUUGUGACUAGCAUGGGUGGCUAUGCUGAGGUGUGCAGACUGAGGAAAUGGGCCUCUGUCGCUAAAGAGCUCUCCUACUGUUAUGUGACUGUGUCUGGUUCACUCAAGGCCAACUACGAGCGUUAUCUCUACCCCUACGAACUAUUUGAGAUCAAGAACAACAAGCUUCAGGAGGAGACAGACUCUUCUGUUGGUGGUGGUACUGGUAGUGGUGGUGGUGAGGAGGUCCACCAGGUGCAGAGCCCCGUCCCACAGAGAAGCAGCGCUAACAGUGUCAAGUAUAAACUGAGACAGAAGAGAAGAAGGACGAGAUCAUCUGCUGAGGACCCAGUAGAUGCAGUGGAGUUGGACAUGACUAACCCAGAAUUCAAGAAGUUAGCCUUCACUGCCCCAGGGCCUAAGAACUCGUUUGCUCCAGUCAAACAGGACAAUUAUCGUCGAGUCAGCAAACAAAGAGAGCCACAGUGCACACUGAUUGUCAAGUCUGAGCCGAUUGUAACCAGCGACUGCACAUCAGCCCGGACCCAUCCACCCCUUGUACCAUCUCAACGGUACAUGUCGGCUCGUACUGACCCGCCCUCCAUGAGGAACAUUAGCUCUCCCGAUUCCAUUCCAAAUGGAACUGAAAUGGAACAUGACGGCUGUGCACCUACAGCUGAUUACACAGGAACGGUCAAUGUUAAAGUGGAACCGGGGUUAGAAUCUGGAAUGCAAUCUGAGGGUGGUUAUGUACCUGUACCUGUACCUGUACCUGAAGAUCAAUCUGUUCCGGCUUUUGUUGAGAGUUCAAAGGUCGAGAAGGAGCCAGAGUUGACUAGUAGGAGAGAGCGUGUGUUCCGGUGUCGACCUGAGUUGAGGGACGAUCCCAUUGAUGCUGUCAAGUGCGUGGUGUGUGGGAGUGGAGACUGUGACGAUGAGCUGUUACUGUGUGAUGGAUGUGAGAUCAGUUAUCACAUGUUUUGUCUAGAGCCUCCACUCAGUAUCCUGCCCCCGGGAGAUUGGCGCUGUCCCUGCUGCGUGGCCGAGGAGUGCAACAAGCCGCAGGAUGCGUUUGGUUUUGAACAGGCUGAGAAGCAGUACACACUGAGAACAUUUGGGGAGAUGGCCAACUCAUUCAAACAAGACUACUUUGGGAGAUCACCACACGAUGUACCCUACUCCGCUGUGGAGAGGGAGUUUUGGAGGCUGGUUAGCUCUAUUGAGGAUGAGGUUGUUGUUGAGUAUGGUGCUGAUCUACAUACUAGCAAGGUGGGCAGUGGUUUCCCAUGGGAGACUACAGUGUCCGGACCAGAACAAGCAAAGUAUGCCAACUCCUUGUGGAAUCUGAAUCGAAUACCCAAUGCUGACGGAUGUGUACUCAAAUACAUCGAUGCCGAUAUCUCUGGUAUGAAAGUUCCCUGGGCAUAUGUGGGGAUGUGUUUCUCGUGCUUCUGCUGGCAUAUUGAGGACCAUUGGAGUUACUCCAUCAACUACCUGCAUUGGGGAGAGCCCAAGACGUGGUACGGUGUGCCUAGUGCUUACGCUGAGUCUCUUGAGGCCACAAUGAAGGAACAAGCUCCAGAGUUGUUUGAGAACCAUCCUGACCUCAUGCACGAUCUGGUCACUACCCUCUCACCCAAUGUGCUCAUGAAGAAUGGAAUACCAGUGGUGAGGACGGACCAAUGUGCAGGAGAGUUUGUGGUGACCUUCCCCAGGGCCUAUCACGCCGGGUUCAACCAGGGCUUCAACUUUGCUGAGGCUGUCAACUUCUCUCUAGCUGACUGGAUCUCUAUGGGACGUGCCAGUAUAGACCACUACCAAUCUUUCAAUAGAACUCCAGUGUUCUCACACGAUGAACUUAUCUGUAAAAUGAUGGCCACUGCAUCGAACCUUGACCUUUGUCUCCUGGCCCCUACUUGUAAGGACGCUGCUUUUAUGGUCAAGAAAGAGAUGGACCUUAGGGAGUGCCUUGCUAGCAAGGGCUAUACUCGUGAACAACGGGAGCUAUUUGAGAUUGUGAAGGAUGAGGACAGACAGUGCUCAGUAUGCAACACCUACUGCUUCCUCUCGGCUGUCAAGUGCUUCUGUCAGCAACGGAAGCUGGCUUGUCCCCGUCACUUUGAGAGGCUAUGCGAGUGUCCACCCUCUCAAAAGGUGAUCAAGUAUCGCUACACCCUCCCUGAGUUGGAGGGCAUGCUCUCCUCACUGGCGGCACAGGCAGCUGCGUACACCUCGUGGGUGGACAGGGUGGAGGCUGUCCUGGACUCUCCUGACAGCAGCAAGACUGAGCUCCAAGUGUUGAAGGACUUGUUAGCUGAGGCCACUAGUCGAGGCUUCACAAGCAGCGAGAUCUAUGAUGAACUCACAGUCACGCUACAAGAUGUUCAGAAGUGCAUUGACACAGCUGCACAGAUUGUGAGUGGUCGGCUUAGAGGGAAAGGAGCUGGGGGAAAGAUGGUGGACGUGGGUGGACUGAAGAGCUUCCUACAGGAGGUGCAAGCAUUGCCUUGUCAUCUGCCACAGGCCAACGCUCUCAGGGCUAAGCUGGCAGAUAUUGAGGCCUACCAACGUGAGGCAGGGUCGGCACUGGUGGAUGAGACCACUCCUGACUCAGCCUAUUUAGAAGAGCUGAUCAAGAGAGGAGAAACCUUUGAAGUGUUUGUGCCUGAGAUCAAAGCUCUCAAAGUGGCUCUGCAACAAAGCACUUGGAUGAGCGAGACCAUUACUCGACUGGAGGGGGACAGACUCACUAUCGACACACUCAAGACUAUGGUCAAACUGGGCUCCAAUCUCUCUCGUGGUUCAGCCUCUGUAGAGGCCACUCUAGCUAGAGUCAGGGGGCUGUUAGCUACUGCCCUGGACUGGGACCAUAAGGCCAAGGAGGCACUCAAGCAAAAACCUCCUCGUCCAGUGGAGUACUUCACCUCUCUACUUGAGGAAGCCGAUACCAUCCCAGUUGUGCUCCAAGUAAAGAACACCAUCAGUGAAGCCCUCAUCAAAGCUGACAACUGGGGUGCAGAAGCUAGGAACUUAGUGGAGUGCGAUGGUCACCCACAGUACAACAUCCUGAAGGCUCUACUGGAGAUCGGUCGCUCCCUACCGGUCAAACUGGAACCAAUACCACAGCUAGAGUCAUGUUACAAUGCCGCCAAGACGUGGUUCGAUAGAGCCUCCAGAGCGUUCGUAAAGAAAGGCUCCCCACAAUCACUGCUUGAGGUUUUACUCCCUCGAAACAAGGCUAGUUGCUCCCUCCGACACGUGAACAAGGGUAUCAGAAAAAGAGUAGAGACGGAGUUUACCGAUUGUGACAACCCACUAACUGAUGUGCUGGGGGACCGUGAGAAAGAGAUUAGCAAGAUCCACGAAAUCGAAGACAUGGAAAAAACGUUUAUCAUAGAAGUUCGGAACGAAAAUACCCAAAAAAUGGAGCAGGACGAAGCUACAAAAGGGGGGAAAUCGAGUGCGCCACCCGUUGUAUAUUGUUUCUGUCAAAAACCAGAGUCUGGCUAUAUGCUCCAGUGUGAACUUUGUCAUGAAUGGUACCACGGCACGUGUCUACGACUACCAAAAGGCAGGCAAGGCACGGAGAGCAAGUGGACACGAUUCUUGUGCUCGUACUGUCAACGUACACGCAGACCUCGACUGGAUACAAUCGUCUCGCUGCUUAUUGCACUACAAAAAGUGCCUGUUGCAUUCACAGAAGGUAUAGCUCUUCAGUGCCUUGCAGAGAGAGCUAUUGCUUGGCAAAAGAGGGCUAGACAGAGCAUUGCGAAUAUAACAAUGUCAAUCGAGGCUUCAAGGACACAGCAGAAACGAAUUCAAGAGAUCAAAGGGCAUAUUUGUAAAUGGAGGAAUGAAGCGAAGUCUGAGCAGACAGGACCUACUGAUAGCAUCCAGGCACAACAAUUGGCCAGCUCAGCAGGCUCUGUCCUGAUCCACUACGAGACUGAGCUGGAGAGACUAACAGCCAAGUAUGCCGGUCUGAACUCAGUUAAACGUUCCACCCUAGACACGCUACUCAUGGAGGGAGACUUGUUGGAAGUCAAUAUGGAUGAGGUGCAGCAACUGUGGCAACUCCUGCAACAAGACGCUCACUUGCUGUCUGCAUUUCAGAAGAAAGGAAACAUGGAAAUUGAGCCAUCUGCGGCAGAGGAACAAGACAAGCGAAGACGUCGAAAGAGAAAAGAACUCUCUCCAGCCCUCAGUACGAGCAGCACCACCUCCUCAGAUGCUAAACCACCAGGGAUCAAGAAAUUGAGACGAAAACCACCAAAAAACAAUCCUAAAUCUAUCAGAAAAUCCAGAGCCCAGUCUGCAGGCAGUGCUAGCUCUAACGAUGGUCUCGAGUGCAGUGAGGAUGUCGAGGAGGAAGAAGGUGAAUGUUCCGCUACAAAAUGUCGACAGCCGGUGGCCGAGGAAAUAUCGUGGGUGCAGUGUGAUUCUUGUCAGGGAUGGUUUCACUGCCUAUGCGUGGGAGUCACAAAAGAAGUGGCUGAAAAGAUCGAGAGCUAUUGUUGUAUCACUUGCAAGAGUGGAUCCAUUCUGAAAUCGACACUUCAAAAUAGCAUCAGCGUUACUACUAGCCCUGGGAAACGAAGGGGUAUGCUGGAACUACAACGAGCACUCCAAAACACUCUAUCAAAUUCAAAGACUUGAAUAUUACAAUUAUGUGUGUCUGUCAUGUGUACUCGCCAGAAAACUUAAUUCCACAUCUGUCUAUAUUCUCACUCGAUCAUUACGUUUAAUCUUUGAAAUCACUCUAAUUAUUGUCGCUCCUUAUUACCUUUUAUAACUGUCACAAUUACUUAUUGUGUACGUCUUCUCAAUUGGACAAUAUUAUUUUAUUGCUUCCAAAAUCCUGGAAAAUAAUUAAGAAAGUGAUAUAAUUCUGA